GAGCCUCUUGUGACAGGAGAAGCAUUGCACUGUGGAAGUCUCAUCUGGGUGUGCCUUUGUCAUUCUAGAACAGCCAUGUUGGAGUGGAGGAAGAGAGCAAGAGCUACGCAGCUGAACUUUGCUGUUUCUCUCGGUGACAGAACCUGGGAUCGAUUCAACAGGAAAAACCAUGAGAGUGAGCUUAGGAUGAAGAUUUCUUAUGCCUUCAUUGGUCCCCCUCAGAGUGAAGAUGGUGGUGGCUACACCAAGGAACAGGAGGAGCUUGUUUCCGAACUCAUAUUGAAGUGUGAGACAUAUUGCAAUGAGAAGGACGACGUGAUCAUAGCUUUCCUCUUUGUCUGUGCCUACAAAGACGACUCUACCCAAGUCACUGUUCCCCUCAUCAGAGUGAAGAAGAAUGAAGGUAAGAAUCCGAAGUUGUCCUAUUUCAUAGACCAUGUUGGACGGGUAUAUCAAGACUGGAGUGACUUUCUAGGGCACAACAUCUUUCGCGGAUGGUGGAUCUGCACCCCAGAUGAUGCUGAAUAUCUGCUGUCAGGUCAAGAUGUCCAGGUGAAGUUUUAUGACCAAACGGCGCGUGAAAAUGUACUCCGAGUAGUUGAUAUUGUGUCACAAGGCUCCGCCAUCUUCACGAGCGCUUCACUCUGCGUAGGAUUCGUCUUGUCAUGCUUUCCUCCAACAGCUUUGGUUGGUGUACCACUCAUGACGGCAAGCGCGGUAGUGGGCGCUCCGGCAGCGGCCUACAUAACAGGCAAGAGUGUGGGCACACUUGUGGAUAGAGGCAUCCAUAAAAUGUCCCUUAAUCCUUUCGAAUCCAGUGAAGCUAGAGACUGCUGGCUAAUAACUGCUGCCUCUGUGUUUGGCCUUGCCACAAUGGGAGCUGGCGAGAUGUUUAUCUUCUCAGCAGAAGCGGGGGAAUUGGCUGGAAGUGGAACCCGCCUGUUCUGUACAGUACUGAACGUCUCUUCCUUGACUGUCCACGGCCUGGGCGUCGUUAACUCCAUUUACGAAGUUGCGAAAAAGGACAAAGUUACCGCUCUUGACGUGCUGCAGGUCGGCACAAGUAUUUUCUUUUUCACUCACUCUGUUGUGACUUUAAAGACUGCCAGCAUCAUCAUCAAAGAUGCUCAACAAACAGCUCUUGUUGCAAAGAGGAAUAGCCUCCCCACAAAAAGCAGAGAUGCUUUUGACGACCACACGCUUCUGUCCCAUAGGGAAAUGCUUGAAUCUGGAAAAGUCAGAACAAUGCCCGGGAACAAGGAAUUCAUUCGUGACCUUAAAAAGAUUGACCACCUGGAAGAUUUUUUCCAUCAUUUCCAAAUAGUUAGAGGCAGUCAACUCGGUGUGGACGAGGAGCUUUUCAUUAAUGGGAAAGCAUUUGUGCAGAUGACCGAGCAGGAACGAUCAACUCUAAUCGAAAAUUCAAAUGACCUGAAAAACAACAGAAUCACAGAAGCGCAGUUCAACAAAAGUGUUGCCUCAAUCAAAAGUAAAUAUAGAAUACAUUUUAAGAGAAAGAUAGAAAGGGCUUCACAAAAAAUCAAUGAAGCUUUAGGCUUAACAGGACUUUCACCAUUUGAUACUCAAAGGAUGGAUCAGGUUCUGUCACAAUCAGGCAAGAAUUAUAAUCCAAAAUGUGUGGAGGUUGCCAAGACCAUGGCAAAUCGAAUGGAAUGUGGUGAAAAUGUCAGUGAAUUUAUUGCUGCUACAGAGUACUUAAUUCGUCGUCUAGCUGCCCAAGUCUCUGAACUGCAAAAGCAGAAUCCAAAUCCUGCCAGACCACCAAAAGUGAAAGCCAAAAACUUCUACUUUGAAAAAGUCGCAGAUGCAUUUCUGAAUGAUGGACAAACACAAGACAACAUUGUUAAAGAAUUCCAAGAUCUGAUGAAGACUUGUGAAGUGGAAAAUGAAAAAAAUGAAAAAAUGCAAUUCAAGAGUACCAUGGCAACAGCUAAUCACUAUGACAAGCACUCUGACUUUCCACAAAUUGAUCCAAACAAUAACCUCACACCAGAGAGCUACUUUGCUAUAGCUAAGGAAAUGUGUUCUGGCACUGUCCAAAAUCCCUUAUGGGUCCAGGAUGAAUCCAGUCUGAUGUGUACGUUUCAUAGCCAGAAGUACGGUGCUGUUGCAGUCCGAUAUGACAACUUGGCUGAUGGCACAUCAGUAAUUGCCACUUUGAUGUCGGAAGAUUUAAAGGAGAUCAAGAGUGCACCCAGAUAUAUCUGUCGGUCCUAGCUCAU